AUGACAAUCUUCACAUUGUUUAUUGUUUGGCUUUUUGCUCGUUAUUGUGAUAGUGAAAAUUGUUGGUAUCAAUUAGAUAUACUUACUAUCUAUUUCAUUGUUUGGCAAUUUAUAUAUCUUAUGUGUAAAUGGGAUUGUUAUAAGCUUUCAUGGCCUCUUUUCAUUUUUCCACAAGCAUCAUGCUGUUUAUCCACUUCUAUUAGAGCAUUUUUCCUUUAUGAUAUCGCCUUUCAUAAUGUAUCAUUUCAAUUCAAAAUUGGUUUUCUAUGGUUGUUAUCAUUGUAUGACAUUGUUAUAUGUCUUCAUUAUAAAGGAUAUUUUUACAAUGUAUGGUCGCAAGUAGUGAGAUAUGACGCUUACCUUUCGUAUGACAUCGAAGACGACGAUGAAGACAAUAAACAUUCUAAAGGAUCUCUUGGUCUUGGUGAUUUCACUCAUUUCAAUUUUAUGGUCUUAUCUAUUAUGCAUCCAGCUUGGUCAAUGACAACAAAAAUAUUCGUGGCAUUUGGAUGUAUAGUCUCUAUACAAGUCGGUUAUUAUGGUACAAGACUUAUUGGACAUAAGUGGCAUGUACGUGUUAUGCCUGGUUUACCAUUUCCUGUUAUUUGAUUAGUUAAAUGUAUUGAUUGCCAUUUACCAUCUAAUCAAGGUUGUUCUUGUUUAAAAUUAUCAAUUGUUUCAUUAGCUAUUUCAUAUAUUGUUUGUUUAAUAUCUGAUGGUUAUGUAUAUAAACGACAAGUGACUAAACGUGUAACAUAUUGUUUGAUUUUAUAA